AUGGAGGAAGCGCCACAGCUCGAUCCAAUUGUGAAUGUGGUGGUAAAUAUUCUGCUGCAAAUCACCAUGUUCAUGUUCGAUCGCAGAAGCACAAGCGGUGGCUAG